UAAAACACAAGAAUCAACCACCAAAAGCAAGAAAGCGGGACUUGUACACGAUGCAAUUCAAGGUCUUGGCCCGUCAUGCAAAUACUUGCAGUUUAUCAUGACUUCGGCGCCUGAUGAUAUAUAUGAUAAUACUACCAUCCCAUUGGCGGCCUCAGUUUGGCACUCGGAUUUUGAUCAAGAAACAUACAUAACUGCGUCUGAUAUAGGAGAGUUCCUUCGCGGGGCGUGCUUAAACAUUUCAGCGAUCCAAGUCUACAUAUUGUGUUUAUUGCACGAUCAUGCCAAAUCAUUUGAAAUGUCUCGGAUUUCGUUCAUUUGUCCCGAGAUUAUGUCAAGCACUAGAAUCAAGGCCGACCCUGGAGCGCCAACAAUGUAUUUGAAAAACAUUUUCCAAGCUGAAAUUGAAAAGGAGAAGAUGGGUAAUCCUAACCUAACUAAUUGGUUUUUAAUCCCAUAUAAUCAAGAAAAUCAUUGGAAUUUAUACGUGAUGGACCUACGUAGAGGUUAUGUAUAUAUUUUCGAUUCUGCUAGAGAUCCACGUCGAACAGAUUAUGCAUGGGGAAUCUUGAGUUUGUAAGUUCUUUUGCUUACAAAUUACAUUAGUCUUUAAGAAACCUAAGCCAAAAUCAUAUUCAUGAGUACCCAUGUUUCGUUAAUUUUCUAGGGCAUACCAAGUGUACAAGUGCAAUGGUGGGCAUUGUCCGAAUAAAACGAGUUUUAAGUCGUGUAAACCCAUUCAUAUAGAGGUAUAACAUGUUUCUUAAUUAGCUUUUUGCUUUGUUUUUAUUAACUAUUGGCCUUGCAAGAUA